AUGCCCAUCCCGCAGUACCCGCUCAGCGUCCUUCUGACCGGCGCAACCGGCUUUGUCGGGGGAACGGCGCUGUCGGCCUUCCUCGAGCGACCGGACUACCUUGCGGGGAAUGUUCGACUAACCGUGCUCGUGCGGGGCGAGGCGCGCGCAGCGGUUCUCCGUGAGAAGAUUGGAGUGGAGGUGUUGGUGGCCGAUUUGGCAGAUGUGGAUGUGGUCAGGGCGGCGGCAAGGGAGGCGGACGUGAUCCUCCACACGGCAAAUGCGGACCACCCGCCAUCGGCGCGGGCGAUGCUCGAGGGGUUGAAGGAGCGAUAUGAGAAGACGGGAGUGCAGAGUGUGUUCAUCCACUCCUCGGGAACGGGAGCGUUGACCGACAACGCGAAAGGGCAGUUUGCGUCUGAGAAGAUAUACCAGGACGAAGACUGCACUGAUAUUCGUGCCAUCCCAACCUCCUACGUCCACCGCGAGACCGACAACAUGAUCAUGCAGGCGAGCAUCGACGGCUAUGUUCGCGGCUAUGUCGUUAUGCCGCCGUUGAUAUACGGACGAGGCACGGGGCUGUUCAGCCGCACCUCCGUACAGAUCCCCGCCCUUAUCCGCGCCGCGCUCAAGCUUCGGCAAUCCAUUCACGUCGGCCCCGGCCUUCCAUUGUGGAACGGCGUACACGUGCAGGAUCUCGUCAGGCUGUACUUCGUCCUCCUGGACGACGCAUUGAGCAGAACCCCUAAGGCGCCCACCGGUUCAGAUUGCUUUUACUUCUGCGCCACGGACACGUACCAGUGGCGCGAGCUCGCGGGCGAGAUUGGUAGGCGACUGCAUGCAAAAGGCGCAAUACCAACGGCGGAGCCACGCACGCUUCAGCCAGAAGAAGUGCAGAUGGCGCUCGGGGAGUGGAGCGAUUUUGCGUACGGGAGCAAUUCGCGCUCCGUCGCAGGCAAGGCCCUCAGCAUUGGCUGGACACCAGCGCAUCCUGUGGGUGGAACGGGCCUGUUUGACUCGAUUGAGGCGGAAUACGAGGCGGUGCUGGAGGAGGGCGCGGAUGAGAAGCCAAAGGUCCACAACGACGAGACGGACCGCGCGGUUGGCGCGUAG